GUGCCUCGGUCAGCAGACAUAUAAAGCUGACUAACAACAUUUCAGCAACAGUUCGCAGUCUUCGAUACUAGAUUCCUCUGAACAAUGUAUUCUCUUGUCUUGUCUGCUGUUCUUUGCGUCGUUGUGGCGGACACUCACAAUGGCUUCGGAGCGCCCUCUCCUCCCAGCAACGGCUAUGCGCCCCCAAGUAACACAUAUGGCACACCCAACGGUGGCUACGGAGUAGACCCUGAGAUUGCCGCUUUGGCCGAGAACAUUCCCGGGGGCGGUGUCCCCGGCGAGGACUACCCUAUCUUGGCUUCCGUGCCCGACACCGGCUUCUCGUGCGAUGCCCAGGCGGUGCAAGGUUAUUACGCCGACACUGCGCCUGAAGCCGGCUGCCAGGUGUUCCAUAUCUGCCAGGACCGCGCCCUCAGGCGCCAACAGGACUCCUUCCUGUGCCCCAACGGUACCAUCUUCAACCAGCAGUACCUGGUAUGUGACUGGUGGUUCAACGUGGACUGUUCUCAAGCUGAGAGCUUCUACUCCGUCAACGAACUCAUUGGAGUCGUUCCCGACGCCGGAUAUGCUUAUGCUGCCGCCACCAAUGGUCUUGCCAUUGGCAACGGCAACGGAUAUGGAAAUGGAAGGAAAUGAAAUGGAAAUGAGAAUGGCAAACGGUUUUCCCACUUUCAUGGAAAACAUUUCUACAGUAUUGUUGUAAAUAUAUCUAGAUAUUUAUUAACCAAUGUUAAUUCGAUAAUUGCCUAGCUCAAAUUUGGCAUAUUUGCCAUAUUAUCUAAAGGCACCUGCACCGUAUUAGAAUAAACACGAAAAAAACA